AAAACUAGUUAAAAACCCAAGCAAAAGGCCACCGUAUAAAGGCAAACAAAAAUUUGAAAUAACGAUUUUCGUUAAAAAUAAUAAAAUGCUGAAAUUAAUAAAUUUAUUAGUUUUGUUAAGCAUUUUUUUAAUACUAAAUGAAAAAGUGCUAGGCAAGCCACAGGAUUUACAAACUGCUGCUCUUAUGGCUGCUGGUCAGAUCAAGGACACCAUAGACAAUGGCGCCGCCGCCAAGGAUAAUAAAGAAUUUGAAUUAUUUGGUGCUAAGGUUAAAACUGGCAUGGAAAUAGGUUUUGGUGAUGCUAUGAAAUCAAAACGCAGUACUGACGAUUCAUCAUCCUCUUCCGAGUCGGAUGAAAGACGCAAAAGAUCAGUGGAGCAGGAUAUUAAUGGUAUUGAGGAGGAGCACGAGGAAGAGGAAGAGAAUUUGUAUGAUGAAGAUUAUUCUUAUUCUGAUUAUUCUUCAUCGUCUUCGUCUUCCUCUGAAUCCCAAGAAACAAAAGUUUUAACAAAGCGAUCUUUGAAUUUGAAUAAUUUGUCAAAAUUUAAAAAUUCUGAUAGUUUUGAACAAUUUAACAAUGAUUUAAUGAAUAUGUAUUUGCAAAAGCAAUGAUUUAUUGUUUAAUAUUUAUGGAAUUUAUUUAGAAAUAAAACGGUUUAUUUGAA